GCCCCCACAGGCCCCACAACCCCCGAGAUUCCCCGCGCUUGGCUCUCGCCGGCUACUUCCAGACCCUCUGUCUGUCCGCUGGGGGCGCGCGCAGUGUGUGGCAGGCGGUACUGGCGCUGGCGGCCGAGUGCGCGGGUCACGCGUGGUAGUGCGUGGUUGCUAGGGGCGCCUGAGGCCGCCUGCUAGCCCAGCAGGCCGAGGGAGGAAGUAGCGUGGAGCGGGUGUCGAGCUGGGGCGAAACUGGAUCCCCUAGACUGACAGACUUCAGGAUGCAGCUGCUACUGCUGGAGGUGUGUGGCACCUUACCUGAGCCAGACCAUGAGACCAUGUGGCCAUGAUGUGGGCCCCUCAUGGCCUCAGCAGGAACAGAGCACUACAGUAUUGGCCUCCGCCAGAGAAACAGCUUCAAGCAGAGUGGUCCCCCAGGCGCAGUGCCUGCCGCGCCACCUGAGAAACCCUCUGAGGGCAAAGUCUGGUCUCAGGCCCAUCAGCAAGUGAAGCCAAUCUGGAAGCUGGAGAAGAAGCACGUGGAGACACUGUCUGCAGGGUUGGGCCCAGGUCUCCUGGGCAUCCCCCACAAGCCAGCAUAUUUCUUUUGCCCCAGCACUUUAUGUAGCUCUGGGACCACGGCUGUCAUUGCAGGCCAUAGGAGUUCCUGUUACCUACACUGUCUCCCAGACUUGUUCAACAGCACCCUGCUAUACCGCCGCUCCAGCUAUCGGCACAAACCGUACCAGCAACUGGAGUCUUUUUGCUUGCGUUCAAGCCCAUCAGAAAAAAGCCCUUUUUCUCUCCCUCAAAAGAGCCUCCCUGUCAGUCUCACUGCCAAUAAGGCCACUUCUUCCAUGGUCUUCCCCAUGGCCCAGCCCAUGGCCUCCUCAUCCACAGAACCGUACCUCUCCUUGGCCGCGGCUGGGGAAAACCCUUCAGGGAGGAGCCUGGCCUUUGCCAUCUCAGGAAAGAUCUCAUCUCCACUGUCUUCCUCCUGUAAGCCCAUGCUGAAUAAUAAUUCCUUCAUGCGGCCAAAUAGCACGAAAGUGCCUUUAUCACAGACCACAGAGGGCCUGAAGCCAGUAUCCUCACCCAAGGUCCAGCCCAUCUCUUGGCAUCAUUCAGGGGGUACUGGAGACUGUGUACUGCAGCCUGUUGACCAUAAGGUGCCCAAAAGCAUUGGCACUUUCCUAGCUGAUGCCAAUGCCCGUAUCGCCUUGUCUACCCCUAGCUCUGAUGACACAUCUGCCACCAGUGUUGCCUCUUCCUGGUAUAACCGGAAUAACUUAGCCAUGAGGGCAGAGCCACAUUCCCAUGUUCUGGAUGACAGCUCUGAUUCCCAGGCUCCAACUAAAGAGAUUCGGUUCACUGAGGCCGUGAGGAAGUUGACCGCAAGAGGCUUUGAGAAGAUGCCAAGGCAAGGCUGCCAGUUUGAACAGUCUAGUUUCCUGAACCCCACCUUUCAGUGGAACCUCAGCAGGAGCAGGCGGUGGAAAACUCCUGCGGUCAAUCGGCAGUUUCUUCAGGAGGAUGCUGGAUCAGUCAGUGGGGUCCUCCCUGGUUCCUCGGAUACCUUGGGUUUGGACAAUACAGUCUUCUGUACCAAACGUAUCAGCAUUCACCUCCUUGCCUCACAUGCCAGUGGGCUCAAUCACAGCCCUGCCUGUGAAUCUGUAAUUGACCCCCCAGCAUUUGGAGAAGGCAAAGCUCCAGGUCCCCCUUCUCUUCAAACCCUUGGCCUAGCCAAUGUGGCCAGCCGCCUCUCUUCCAUCCAGCUGGGCCAGUCUGAGAAGGAGAGACCUGAAGAGGCCAGGGAGCUGGACUCAUCUGGUAGGGAUAGUAGUUCAGCUACUGACCUCCAGGCAGACCAGACUGAGACUGAAGAUACAGAAGAAGAACUAGUAGAUGGUUUGGAAGACUGUUGUAGCCAUGAUGAGAAUGAAGAGGAGGAGGGAGACUCAGAGUGCUCCUCAUUAAGUGCAGUCUCCCGCGGCGAAUCAGUGGCCAUGAUCUCUCGAAGCUGUAUGGAAAUUCUGACCAAACCCCUUUCCAAUCAUGAGAAAGUUGUCCGACCAGCCCUCGUCUACAGUCUCUUUCCCAACGUUCCCCCUACCAUCUAUUUUGGCACUCGGGAUGAGAGAGUGGAGAAACUUCCCUGGGAGCAGAGGAAGUUGCUCCGAUGGAAGAUGAGCACAGUGACCCCCAACAUUGUUAAGCAGACCAUUGGACGGUCCCACUUUAAAAUCAGCAAAAGAAACGAUGACUGGCUGGGCUGCUGGGGACACCACAUGAAGUCUCCUAGUUUCCGAUCCAUUCGAGAGCAUCAGAAGCUAAACCAUUUCCCAGGCUCAUUCCAGAUUGGGAGAAAGGACCGGCUAUGGCGGAACCUGUCACGCAUGCAGAGCCGCUUUGGCAAAAAGGAGUUCAGUUUCUUCCCCCAGUCCUUCAUCCUGCCCCAGGAUGCCAAGCUCCUGCGCAAAGCGUGGGAGAGCAGCAGCCGCCAAAAGUGGAUUGUGAAGCCACCAGCAUCAGCCCGAGGCAUUGGCAUCCAGGUUAUUCACAAGUGGAGUCAGCUCCCCAAGCGAAGGCCCCUCCUGGUACAGAGGUAUCUACACAAACCCUACCUCAUCAGCGGCAGCAAGUUUGACCUGCGGAUCUAUGUUUACGUCACUUCCUAUGAUCCUCUGCGGAUUUACCUCUUUUCAGAUGGACUGGUCCGCUUUGCCAGUUGCAAGUAUUCCCCUUCCAUGAAGAGUCUUGGCAAUAAGUUCAUGCACCUGACCAACUACAGUGUCAAUAAGAAGAAUGCCGAGUACCAGGCCAAUGCAGAUGAAAUGGCUUGCCAGGGCCACAAAUGGGCACUGAAGGCUUUGUGGAACUACCUGAGCCAGAAGGGAGUCAAUAGUGAUGCCAUCUGGGAGAAGAUAAAAGAUGUUGUUGUCAAAACCAUCAUCUCGUCAGAGCCCUACGUGACCAGCCUGCUCAAGAUGUAUGUGCGGCGGCCCUAUAGCUGCCAUGAGCUCUUUGGUUUUGACAUCAUGCUAGACGAAAACCUCAAGCCCUGGGUCCUGGAAGUCAACAUUUCCCCAAGUCUCCACUCCAGCUCUCCACUGGACAUCAGCAUCAAAGGCCAGAUGAUUCGUGACCUUCUGAACCUGGCUGGUUUUGUCCUGCCCAAUGUAGAGGAUGUCAUUUCCAGCCCCAGCAGCUGCAGCAGCUCCACCACCAGCCUCUGCUGUAGCCUGCCCACCUCCCCCGGGUACAAAUGUCGAAUGGCUCCAGAGCAUUUCACUGCACAGAAGAUGAAGAAAGCCUAUUAUCUGACCCAGAAAAUUCCUGAUCAGGACUUCUAUGCAUCUGUGCUGGAUGUCCUGACACCAGAUGAUGUUCGGAUUCUGGUCGAGAUGGAAGAUGAAUUUUCUCGCCGUGGUCAGUUUGAACGAAUUUUUCCUUCUCAUGUCUCCUCUCGUUAUCUCCGCUUUUUUGAGCAACCACGAUAUUUCAACAUUCUUACCACCCAAUGGGAACAGAAAUACCAUGGCAACAAGCUCAAAGGAGUAGAUCUGCUCCGGAGUUGGUGCUACAAAGGGUUCCACAUGGGAGUUGUCUCUGAUUCUGCUCCAGUGUGGUCUCUCCCGACAUCACUUCCAACUGUCUCAAAGGAUGACCUGAUACUCAAUGCCUUCAGCAGAUCAGAGACUAGCAAGCUGGGAAAACACAGCUCCUGCGAAGGAAGUCUGCUACUCACUGAAGAUGGGACCACACCCAAGUCCAAGAAGACCCAGGCUGGCCUUUCCCCUUAUCCCCAGAAACCAAGUUCCUCAAAGGACAGUGGGGACACCAGCAAAGAGCCCAGCCUUUCCACCCCGACAUUACCUGUGAUCAGAGAUCGGGUUUCACCUUGUUAGCCAGGAUGGUCUUGAUCUCCUGACCUCAUGAUCUGCCCACCUCUGCCUCCCAAAGUGCUGGGAUUACAGGCUUAAGCCACCGUGCCUGGCCACCUUUCACUCUUGAGAGAAAAUUAAAUCUUAUUAAGUGUUCGGCAUAUGUACGUUUGCAUUGAAUACUCGCCAUAUGAGGUAGUCAGCUAAGCAGGCGUUUUUGAGAAGGAAUGAGUUUUUUUGGAAAGUUAAAUUUGGGAGUAUAGUAGAAUACGUAUUUGUCAGAGCAUGUCAAUUGCUUUCCUAAGUUGAUAACUUACCUAGUCUAUUUGGAGGAAGGGAAGCGAGUGUUCUGAGACAAAGGAUGAAGUGCAGGAUAUUUCUAGAGUAGUGGAGUAAGGUCUUGGGGUGGGAAGUGGAGGAGGGCAGUCACUGCUGACUUCACAUCCACUUAGGAAUGAGGAAAAACUCAGUUCCUUAGAACAAAUACUAAUGAAGAGAUGGCAUUGUGUCAGGAAAGGAUAGGAACCUUGAAUCAGGCUGACCUUGGGUUUAAAUCCCAGUUCUGCCACUUACUGUGUGACCUUGAGUGUGUCAUCUAACUUUUAAGUCUCCAUAUCUUCGUAGUAUGAACAUAAUACCUGCAUUGCAGGGUUGUGAAUAUUUAGACCAAAGGUAGUAAAAGUACUUAGGACAUAGAGGGCACUUUACAUAGACACACCUUCCUCCACUUGCUGUCCAAGCCUUGUGCCCUGGGUGGGAAGAGACAGCCAAGAAAUGUAAAGCCCUUUACUACAGGAAGUGGAGCUGCCAUUGAGAUGUUUUAGAAGUGAAGAUGCCAGAACAGGGUCUAGAUAGCUCAUGGUCCUCAUCCUUACCCCAGUGCACACACAAACAUCAUCAUUAUUCAGCCUCCUGUUACAUUACCACUCUACUGGGGAUUUAUUUCUUUGGCUAAACACUUUACAGUCAGAGCACGGAUCCCUGAGAAAGGAAGCACAGUAAGCAUUAGAAGUAUGUGAACUGAGUGAGAUUAUUAAAUUAUUUCAAGAGCAGCUUUGAAAAGAAAGGGAGAGCAAGCACAGUGGGUGUCAGGUGUCUGGAAAGGGGAGGAGCAGGGUACAGAAAGUAAGAGACCCUGAUUGGAACUAGAGCCAAAGAGCAAAUAUGUAGACCUAACAGCUGUACCAAGGGGUAGUUGUCAUUACAGGUACAUUCUCUUGGUGUCAGGCUGUUUGGCUGAGGGUGGCUAUCCCCCCGUCCCCCUAGCUAAAGGACAUACCUGAUGGCUUCUGGGACAAUCCAGCACUGCUGAGGGCCCGUGAAGGAGCUUGAUCAUCUGGAUACAAAGACCUUUCUACUUCCUCCUCAGCUGAAUUACUUACCCAAGAUAGGUGACCAACAAAGGCAGCCAGGGGAUCUCCUCUCCUGGCCUCCCCUUGAUUUUUAAGAUUAAGGCUUACCUCUGAUUGCUGUUCAGAUCCCCCAACUGCUUUGAGACUUGGAAACACUGAUGGUUUUCAGAUGGCUAAGGGAGCUCCAUUUCAUGUCACCUGAGACUAUGACCAAGUCUUUUCCAACCUUUCUUGGCCUUUUAGAGUCCCCCUGUAGCAGAGUUUGCACACUGAUUAAUAUCCAGGGAUCUAUACCAUCUCGUUUGGCUUGCCCCUUCACUAACUUUGGAUCAGCGAAAGUUGCCAACAGUCAUAUGUUGCUCUUGGCAGAUGUUUCACCGAUGAAAGAACACAAGAAGGGUCAAUAGCAGGUGGUGGUUUUCUAAAACCCAUCUUUGUCGUAAUUAUAAUAGAUUGAGAUACAUGGAAUGUCAGGGAUUGCCACAGCAAAGCUAACAAAAUUUUGAAAAGAUACUUAAUCUAAGUUUUGAUUAGUAAACUGGGGACACCAAAGCCUACCUCAUAGAAUAGUUAUGGGACUACAGUACGGGGGAAAGCACCUAACAAGGUGCCUGAUAAUAUAUGAUAGAGAUUUAAAAUAGCAGAUUCUAAAACUGACCAAAACUACCACCAAAAGCAUUUAAAGUAAAAAUAUUUUAACAUGCAACAGUAUUACAAUACGAUUACAAUAGCAUGUUAAUAUUAUAAAACUAUGGUAAAAUAUACUUUGAUUUUAUCCAUGAAUUAAAGCUGAGGAUGUACUGAGAUAAUUAGCUUAGACAGAUUAAAACCCCUAUCAUUAGUAGUCAGAGAAGAGCAAUUUAAACUGCAAGAUACCACUUAACACUAAAGUGUCUCAAAUUUGAGACUGAAAAUACCAAGUGUCAGUAUGAUACUGAGAUACUGUGAAGCCGCCGAUGGGAAUGCCAAAUGGUGCACUGGAAAGCAGCUUGGUAGUUUCUUAUAAAGUGAAACAUGUCGUUAACAUAGGACCUAGCACUUCCACUCUUGCAGGCAAGUGUUCAUAGCAGCUUAUUAAUAGUAGCCGAAGCUUAGAAACAACUGUAUGUCCAACACAUCGUGAAUUAACGAAUUGUGUUAUUUCUGCUCAAUGGAAUGCUCAUAGAUACGAAAAAGGAAAAGUUCGAGUGCUGUGGCUCACACCUGUAAUCCCAACACUUUGUGAAGCCAAGGCGGGAGGAUCACUUGAGCCCAGGAGUUCAAGACCAGCCUAGGCCAACACAGUGGGACCCUAUUUCUACAAAACAAAUAAUAUAAAUAAAAAAGGAAUAAAUUGAUUCAUGUAAUGCCAUGCAUGAAUCUAAACAUAUUCCCAAGCAAGAAGAGGUCAGAAACAGAAGACUGCAUGCUUUAUUAUCCCAUAAUGAUCUGGAAAACGCAAACUAUAGUCACAGAAAGCAGAUGAGUGCUUCCAUGGACUAUAGAUGAGGGAGGGGUAGACUGUAAAGGGCACGGUGGGAAGAUUCUGUAUCUUGAUUGUGGAGGUGGAUACAUGACUAUAUACAGUUGCUGGAACUCAUCAUAUUGUGCACUUAGAACUGGUGAGUAGUAGUGUAUGUAAGUAAAUAAAGCUGAUUUAAAAGAAAAAGACCAGGAGAUGCCAUUUCGUGAGGCAUGUGCUAAUUAAAACCACAAUGAGAUAACAUUAGAAUAGUUAAAAGUGCAGCCAAGACCAAGUGUUGGUGAGGAUGUACAGCAACUGGGCCUUUUAUACAUGGCUGGCACAAGUGUAAAAUGGUUCAACCACCAUAGAACACUCACGAUUUCUUAGAAAGCUAACAUAUAUCUACCUAUGACUCAGAAAUUCCACUCCCCGGUAUUCUCUUAAAAAGCUGGAAAAAAAGGAUAUCACAUGUUUACCAAAAAUGUUUUUUGAGGCUUAAUUCAUAAUAACAAAUAAUUGAGAAUAAUCCGAAUGUUUGUCAAGAGAUUAGAUAGACUGGUGUGGAAUACCACCCAAUAAUAAAAAGGAACAUCCAGCAGUAUGUUAGAAGGAAAAAAAGGAA